AUGUACAAGGAGGCGAACGCGGGGACGGAGAACACGGUGCAAAACGCGGCGAGAGACGUGUUGGGCGUGCUGAAUCGUUUAAAGAUAUAUCCGUACACCCUGAUCGGGCACUCGUACGGGGGUAAGGUGGCGAUGAGCAUGGUGCAUCAGUUCGGUCGAGCGCUGCCGCGUCCAGUGCAGGUUUGGGUGCUCGAUACCGUUCCGGGGGACGUGUGGUGCGACGACGUGGGCGACCAUCCGCGCGAUACGAUUCGAUUCUGCACGACGCUCUCGCGUCCGAUCGACAGUCGGCGCGCGCUUGUGGAGUCUCUCACGGGUGCUGGAUUCACGAUAGAGGGGGCGCAGUGGAUGACGACGAAUCUCAAGGCGGAUGGGAAUGGCAAGUUUGACUGGACGUUUGACUUGGACGGGAUAGCGGAGAUGUACGCCUCGUACGAGGCGUACGAUUUGUGGCCGAUGCUCGAGACGCAGCCCGCGGGAUUGAGUCUGGAUUUCGUCCAAGCCGAGCGCUCGGCGUUCGUUUGGACGCCGGAGGACGUGGAUCGCAUUCGUCGCACCGGCGCGAACGUGCACUUGCUCAAAAAUUCGGCGCACUGGGUGCACAUUGACAAUCCGCUCGGCUUACUCGACAUCCUCGAACCCUCGUUCGAGAACAUGGAGCGAGGCUUCGGCAAAUAG